AUGACGGGCGUAGUUUUGGAAUCAAAUAGUGCUUCCAUGAAACCGCCAGAUGGCGGGUGGGGCUGGGUGGUGUGUUUUGCAUCAUUCAUGAUUCACGUACUUGCUGAUGGAAUAUCAUUUUCAUUUGGUAUUUUUGUUGAAGAGUUCGGUGAAUAUUUUGAAUGUGGUAAGGGGUCCAUAGGAAUGUUGGGUUCACUCAUGCUUGGUGUUACUUGGAGUACAGGACCGAUUGCUAGCAUUUUGACAAACAAGUAUGGCUGCAGAAUGGUGACCAUAGUUGGAUCUAUCAUAGCAUUUUUAGGCUUUAUUAUGAGCUUGUUUGCUUCCAAUAUUUAUUUUAUGUUCUUCAGUUUUGGAAUUGUUUCAGGUAUUGGUAUUGGGUUGGCUUAUUUACCAGCAAUCGUUGCUGUUUCGUUUUGGUUUGAAGAAAAAAGGUCUUUGGCUACAGGGUUAGCUGUUUGUGGUGCUGGUGUUGGUACCUUUAUUUUUGCGCCGUUCACACAUAUUCUUAUCACGGAAUACGGCUGGAAAGGGACAGUGUUAAUUGAUUCUGCUAUUUUGUUGAACUGUGUUAUAUUUGGAGCUCUAUUUAGACCUGUGAAAUUAAUUCCAGUUACAACUGAACCUACCAUAGAAGAAGAAUUAAUGGAUAUAAAUCCUACAUCAAUUGUGAAUGUUAUUUCAGAUGUCAAAACAAGAUCAAGUCUAUUAGAUGUAUCAAAGUCUGAAUCAGAUCAGCAACAUCAUAGACGAAGAGUACAAAGUGAAAGUCAAUCUAACAAUAAAACUCACCCUGUUUCGAAUGUUAAUGCUAUUCGUAAAGAUGCUUUGUACAACGCUUCUUUACUAAAUAUACCACUUUACAGAGAAAACAGAAAGGAAUACACAAAGAGCAUGACAUCUGUAAAUGCCCCUGACCUUGAAACAGUGACCGAAAAUGGAGAUUGUUCUAUUUGCAGUUGUUUGUCUAAAGAAACUCGAAAAGAAUGUAAAGAAAUGUUGGAUAUUAAACUUCUAUAUGACGUUUCUUUCUUAUUGUUCUGUAUCUCAAAUUUUUUGACAAGCGUUGGGUUUGGUGUACCUUUAUUUUUCUUGGUAGACAGGGGAAUGGAUCAAGAUUGGGCUAAAGAUGGUGAUCAACAAGCUCAUAGGAAACAACUUUCUCUUCUGAUCUCUAUUGUUGGCAUUCUUAACACUGUUGGGCGUAUAUUCUUUGGCUGGCUGGCGGAUAGGAAAUUCGUCAAUCGGUUAAUGUUAUAUAACACUGUGUUGGUUCUUUGUGGCUUGUUUACAAUUGCCAGCUCGCUUUGUACAAAUUUUGCUCUUAUGAGUCUAUAUGCUGGAAGUUUUGGACUUUUAAUAGGUGUGUACGUUUGUUUAACGCCAGUAGUCCUAGUAGAUUUGUUAGGGCUAGAAAAGCUUUCUAAUGCGUUUGGAGUUGUGUUGCUAUUUCAAGGAAUAGGAGGAGUCGUUGGACCCCCUCUUGCAGGUUACAUUUAUGAUCGUACAAAUAACUACGACCACUCCUUUUAUUUCGUCGGUGUUGCCAUACUGAUAAGUGGUCUCAUGUUGUAUCCGAUACCAUGUAUUAGAAAAAAGUGGGGCCCCAAAGAUACGGCAAAAGACAUUACACUAGGAAAAUUGCCGACGAACGUCACAUCAGGAAAUGAUAUAGUUGCUUUGACUAAGAAUGAUCAAAUAGCAUAA